UACUUCUCCUCUUUAAAGCCUUUUAUAAGUUCCCACUCCCACUCUACUUCCUCAACUCUCUCUUCCCCAUUCAACCCAAGAUAGAUAGAGAGAGAGAGGGGAACUAGAGAGAGAAAGCAACAGGCAGAGUGGGUACCAACUACUGAAAGCUUGAUUAAUCUGUGAUCGAUCUGUUGUUGAACAAUCAAUGAGUAUGGAGAAGCAUAAAUGUAAGCUCUGUUCAAGGAUAUUCACAAGUGGUAAAGCUAUGGGUGGUCACAUGAGGUCCCAUUUGAGGACUCUCCCACUUCCACCAAAAACUCCGCCGCAGAAACAGGAUUCCGGUGGAGGCGGAGGCCGGAGCGAGUCAACUCUGUCGCUCUAUUCGUUGAAAGAAGAAGAAGAUGGGGAGGAAAUCGGGGAAGAGAAACAUUUGGGUUAUGGGUUAAGAGAGAAUCCGAAGAAGAGUUCAAGGAUUGUAGAUCCUGAGUUUUUGGAUGCUGGGUCAGUUGUACAUGACAGGGAUCAAAGUGAAACGGAGUCAACAAAGAAGCCAACUCGGAGGAGAUCUAAGAGAACUCGAAGAAUGUUUGUAUCAGAUGAAGCUGCUGUUGAUGAUCAUCCAGAGGUGAAAAAAGAGAAAUCAGCUGAAUUUGAACCUGUAAGUUCGUUUUCCGAUACUUCCCCUGAAGAAGACAUUGCUGUUUGUCUAAUGAUGCUUUCUAAAGAUGUCUGGAGAAAUUCGAAAUUUAGGGAUCAAAAUUCUAAGGAGAAGUACCAAUGUGAGAUUUGUAACAAAGUGUUGAAAUCAUCUCAAGCUUUAGGAAGUCACAAGACGAUCCACAAGAAGAACAAUUCUGAAGAACAGAACCAGGGUAAGUCGAGGGAAUUGAGAUUGAAGAAUGUGGAUGAGAAAUUGCAUGAAUGUCCAUUUUGUGGAAAAAUAUUUGGGUCAGGACAAGCACUUGGUGGACACAAAAGAACACAUAUAUUGAGUUCAUCGAUCACUGCUUCUUCUUCAUCAAAAGUUGGUGAUAGCUUAAUGGAUUCAAGUUCUGCUAAAUUCCCAUUUGGGUUUAUAGAUCUUAACAUGCCUGCUCCAAUGGAAGAUGAAGAUUUUAGCCAUUAGAAAAAGCAGAGCGAAGAUUAUGGGAGGUCAAAGUUGUCACUCUCAUUUUCUUUUCUUGUUUUGUUUUUACUUUCCAUUAGUAUUAACUUUGUUCGAAUGGGUUCUGCUUGAUAUAGAAAAAAAAAUAUUGAAUUUUGAUCCA